GUUGUGGUAAAAUUUGUCUGACAUUUAAGCAAAAAAAUCAGAUGUGGACGAGUCAACAUUCAAUGGAACUUCAACAAUUUCAAUGCCAUAAAUUUUUACCAUUAUGAAUACUCAAAAUAUAUUUACUAUCCAAUUGGAGCAAGAGGACACAUCAGAGAAGCCUGUGCCGCCGAAUGAGUGGGAAAUAUUACGAGAAAAUACCUGCAGUACCAUUUCUCAGCUGAAGAAAAUUAAAUUGUCGGUGUACAAGGAGAAGCUAAAUCUAUACAGCGAGAAAUGUAAAAUCAAAGAUGAUGUCAUCCUGGCUCUUCAAACAUGCUUGGAAACCUAUAAAAACACAAAUGAGAAUAAUAAUGAACUGAUAUCAUUCCUGAAGACGAAACUCGCUGAAAGACAUUCCAAAAUGGUCGCACUGAAGAAAGCGCAUGAUAGUCAAAACGCUGGCUACGAGUCUACGAUUUGCGAGAAAAAUGAAAUGAUCAAUACACAAGAUGGCAUUAUUAAGGUAAAGGAGAAACAAAUCGAGGAGUUGACGAACAAAAUUAAGCAGCAAUACGAAUUAGCUAUUAAGUCUGAUGAACUGAUUUCCUCGCUAAGAGCCACUAUUGAGGAUAGUGAAGCAAAAGUCAAGGAGAGAGAUCAGAAAAUAACACAACUCGAAACUGAGUUAGCAACCAAGGCGGAAAGAAUACGGACAACUCAAAAUCUGCUGAAGUUUGAUGCCGCACUGAUGCUCUGUAAGCAAAAUGAUCGUUUGGUUAGCGGUACGAUCAAGGAACUGCAGGAGAUUCUAUCGGGAGAGAACAGAUCCGAAAUCAAAGUCGUCUCCCUGCCCCGCAUUGGUCCAAUUAAGGUGGCCGUCGAAAAUGUCGCAACUGGCCCCUGCUGGAUGAUCAUUCAGCGUCGUGGUUAUAAGAUGGUGGACUUCAAUCAAGGCUGGUUCUCCUUUGUGGAAGGCUUCGGCAACUUGGACGAAGAUUAUUGGAUUGGGCUGGACAAGAUACAUGCAAUGACCAAGAGUCACAUGCACGAACUGUACAUCCACUUAGUGUUCGCUAAUAAUGAGACUCGAUACGCCUAUUAUGAUAACUUUGCCAUCUCGGGCAAAAGUGACGACUACAAGCUGAGAUCCCUCGGCAACUACGUGGGCAAUGCAGGAGAUGGACUACGCACACACGAACACCAUAUAUUCAGAACAAUCAGGUAUGAUACCAAGACCACCGUGGAGUACAACCGCUGGUGGCAACAUGAGUACCCCAAUUGCAAUCUGAAUGGAACCUUCAGUGAGAAAACUGAGUUCGGUGUUUGGUGGUGUCGAUGCAAUGGCACAUAUAAAUUUGUGGAAUCCGUACAAAUGUUAAUCAGGCGAAAGCAAGUGUAAUUUUAAAAGUCAAUAAAAUCGUUUUUGUUCUAUUUUUACCAUUA